CCCCCCCCCCCCCUCCCAUCAUCCCCUGCUCACUCACCCUGGCCGCGGGCACAAGUGAAGGGAAGUGAUUGCUUACUAGUAUAUAUACAAGUCACAACUGCCCGGGUAUAUGCAGUGAAGUGACUUACCUCUCCCUGCUUCACUCUUCCUCUCCGCUGUUCUCACCCACUCCGGCACCUGCCUUUGCCGCCCACUCUUGUUUUUACUCCUGCCGCAACCAUGAAAGUCUUGGCUCUUUGUCUGAUGGUGGCACUGGUGGUGGUCUCUGCUCUCGCCGUCCCCUCGCCCUCCCCAAAUCCUUCUUAUGGUUACGGAUACGGAGGAUAUGGAGGUGGAUUCGGACGCGGCUUCGGCCAUAGGUUCGGACAUGGGUUCGGACAUGGUCGAGGUUUCGGCCGAGGUUUCGGAUUUGGCGGCUUCGGCGGGUAUGGAUACGGACGCGGCUAUGGAUAUAGGGGAUACUGGUGAAUGAGUGCGUCCCUUCGGGAAUAUAGAAACCAGUGUGUCCUUCGCCUCCUCGAAUGAAAUGUACCUGCAGUGAUCAGCGAGCAAAAUCAUGACCAUUCUUGCAUUUAAAGUAAUGGCUUCCGUAGCUGGCAGUUAUCAUUUCAUCAAUGGAAUUAUGCUAUAUUUAGUCUUCUUUGUUUUUCUUUUUCUCCUUCUCCUGCUGUAAUCUAGUGGGUAAGUUAAGCGUUAGCAAGACUUUGAAAGCAGUAAACGUAUAUACCUGUUCCACCUUUCCGCUUCCACAUAAACAAAAGAAUGUUAAGUAUUCACUAUUAAAAAAUCACAUAGAA